AAGAUGGCGGCGGGCGGCGGUGUGGAGAAGGUGUCGGUGCUGCUCCCCACGUACAACGAGCGGGAGAACCUGCCCCUCGUCGUCUGGCUGCUGGUCCGCACCUUCCAGGAGAGUGGAAACAAUUUUGAAAUUAUCAUCAUAGAUGAUGGAAGCCCGGAUGGGACGCAGGAAGUUGCUGAACAAUUGGCAAAGAUAUACGGACCUGAUAAAAUACUCCUAAGACCCAGAGCAAGAAAGUUGGGCCUUGGUACUGCUUAUAUUCAUGGAAUGAAGCAUGCCACUGGGAAUUUUAUUGUUAUUAUGGAUGCUGACCUCUCUCACCAUCCAAAAUUUAUUCCAGAGUUUAUCAGAAAGCAGAAAGAAGGCAAUUUUGAUAUUGUGUCUGGAACAAGAUAUCAAGGAAAUGGAGGAGUAUAUGGCUGGGAUUUGAAAAGAAAAUUAAUCAGUCGUGGUGCCAAUUUUCUAACUCAGAUUUUGCUGAGACCAGGUGCAUCAGAUUUAACAGGGAGUUUCAGGUUAUACAGAAAAGAAGUGUUACAGAAACUAAUGGAAAAAUGUGUUUCAAAAGGAUACGUCUUCCAGAUGGAGAUGAUUGUUCGGGCUAGACAGUUAGGAUAUACUAUUGGAGAGGUUCCUAUUUCAUUUGUGGACCGUGUCUAUGGAGAAUCUAAACUGGGAGGCAAUGAAAUAGUCUCCUUCUUAAAGGGACUCUUGACCUUGUUUGCUACAACAUGAUAGUUUAUCCUAAAUUAACUUAUUUAGAAAAACGCUUUCUGACAUCUGUGUUGUUUUUAAUAUGUAAUAGCAGAAGCUUGAUAAUUUGUGUGGUGACCAGAAGACCUGCUAUAAACUAACAAUUAACAAACCACCAAUAAUGAACUAAAUAUAUUGUAUCCCAGAAUUCUCCUUUCAAAAUAAAUGAACUGUAUAUUAAACUAAGCACUAAUAAAGACUAAUGCUCUAUUCUAUUUUUGUAAAAAUAAUGAAGUCCUAAUAAAGAACACAAUGCUAAAUGAUCUCCUGCUAGAAAUGAAUCAUUAUU